CAGCACGCCGAGUGACGCGCACGUGUAUCGCGCGGUGUGGCGUGCGUAUAGCGGGGCGAGAAAGUUUCGGUCGUUAUCAAUCUCCGCCGAUCGCUGGACUGCUGGAAGUGCUCGUCGUUCUCGGUGAUCUCGUCGCGGGCGACUGGCUGUGAGAGGUAAUCGGGCUGGUGGACGAGGCAGGAGUAGAGCGAUAGGCGGGUCAGCUCUCUCUCUCGACGGCUGAGAGCCGAGAACGCUGAAUGAUGCCCGCGAACAAGUCGAAUCUGUCAACGCCCCGCAAAGAGAAGUCCGGCAACGGCCUGGUCGCCGCGUCCACCGUCGCCGCUAACGCCGCCGCCAAGAAAAAGAAGCGCUCGUCCUGCGUUAAGCAUAAAAAACAUUGCAAGCAAUACCUGCAGCUUCAUUCGGAAUACAGGAGCACGUACACAUGGCACGAGUACACGGGACCGCAUCAAGAGCAUACGGUUGUGCGACGCGCGCCGCAACCGCCACCAUCGACGAAGCAACCGAGCGCGAAGCUACAAUCGGCCAAGUCAACCGAGGAUGAGAACAGCGAAGGGCCGACUCUGGAGCCGCCGUUGCCCAGACGAAAGAAAUAUCCGGAGCUCGCUUACAAGACACACGAAUUCAUCACCGCGGCGGACGGCGGUGGCAUCGAUGCCGUCGACUCGAACGUCGUAGCUGACAAAGUCCGGGAGGUUACAGCGACAUCGGCACUGCCACCGAGUCAGCUCAGCAAGGCGAUAUCUCGUAUCAGCACCGAGUACCGGCUGCAGUUCGCUUGGCCUAGGAGACCGCAGUUGACGAAUGGCGAGACCCUGGCGCCGGUUCCUGCGGCGGGUGGUCCUACGGGCACCGCGGGCCCGCCGAGGAAGUCUCUCAGCAUGGGGGCUCUUAAACAGGGCAUGGCGCCCAGCGGACCCGCUCCGGUUCAUAAGAAGCGGCCCGGCGACUUCGAUCACAAGCGCGACGGGGUCCAAGCGUCCGAACUGGAACCACUGGUGGGCGGUACCGGGACGGACACGAUCGACGGCACGGUACCGGAAGGCGACGAGCGCGAGGAGGAUCUGUCGGAUUUGAAAAUAACUUUCAGGGGUAAAAGGUCCGAUAGAACGGUGCGGAUAUCGGACGAUAAGGGGCCGGGCAAAUCGCAGGCGAAACCAUUUCCCACGGCGGAGGUGAUCGAGCUCCGGCGACUCGCUGACGAGUACAAGCAUCGUGACUGGGGUUGCGGUCUGGCGGCCGAGGACGAGGCUUCACUGUGGAAACGAGUCUCCAGUAACCAUGCGCUCAACGCCCUAUCCCUUGCCAGAUCGGUCACCAAGGAGGAGAAGGAGAAGGAGAACACGAGGAAGGUAGCACCGAUCGCCACGAUGGUGACUAUGCCGCCGGCAGGUCGACCGUCUUCGGUGCAGGCCAGACCGAUUCAUGGGAUAUUGCAGGACGACAUCAAAGCGGAUAAUGAUCGAGCCAUCGCUCGCGCAAGAAAGGAUUUCUUGAUCCGCCACCAUCUCGAUCGUACCACCGGUGUAGGUGAUGGCGCACUGCUUCCCUCUCCGACGAGAGAGAAGCUGGAGCCCGUUAUCCCACGACGGCGCGAGGACACCAAGGAGCAUCGGGACGAGAUCCAGCCGCGAACCAAGUCCAGUCCGAAGAACAGUCCGCGAACCGGACGCUCGCAGAGCCUCGGACCGACCGUGACCGAUCGCAGAUCGCCUAAACGUCAGCCUCCGCGUGCGCCGUCCGUCAUGAAGGACGCCAAGUUUGCCAAGGAGAAGGAAAAGGAAACGAAGGACAAGGAGAAGGAGCAGAAGGAGAGGAGCGGUGAGCCCGAAAGGCAUCCACGACCGAGAGUGGCAGCGGGUGUUUCAGCCGCGACGGGCCCGAGCCGCGUCCGCUGGAGCAUACGAGAACCCUCGACGGUUACCUCGGCGACUGGUUUGUCGACGGGUGUGCCGCCUAUACCACCGUUACCGCCGCCACCCCCGGGCCCAGGGCCUGCUCCGCUCCACAGGAGGCCCCCGCAAGCCCAUCGCAAAUCCUUCCUCGCGACCACCGCUCCUCCCCAUCGCCCUCUUCAUCACGCCAAAUCCACUACUACCGCCAUCACCACUACCACCACCAUAACCACCACCACCAACACCACCGUCACUACCGCUAACACUAGCGCAAGUACCGCCGUAAAACCCCCGAUAAAGCAUUCGGUUCAUACGACCGUCCAUCACCUACCUACGUCGGGCGCUGCCGCUGCGGCCAGGCCGGAGCGUGUUAAAGAUUUAAGCCGGUGCCAAGGUGCGAACGAGGCUCAGGCAAAAUUGGCCCGCGGGCAUCCAGCAGCUGCGGCUGCAGCCGCCGGCGAUGAUCCAUCCAAAUCAUCCUCCGAUAGUCGAUCCGCGUCAAAUCGAGCCGCUACUGCCGCCCAAGCUAUGACGGCCGAGCCGCAGGUAAACGGGGAUGUCACCGGCGGGGACUCGAGCGUCGCGUCGACGCCGCCGUCGCAGACAACGCAGGCACCAGCGCCUGCCACGGCAAGUCCGUGGCUGGACGACGAGCCGGUGGUAAAAAGCCCGCCGGAGCCGACCAGGGUAAAGUCGCCGGAGCAGAUGAUCAUGCGCUCGCCGGAGCCCGUAAACUGGACCGUGCCUCUCGACACCGGCAAGACCUUCACCGUUACGCAAAACGUCCGAGAGGAGCCCCUAACGCGUCCGCAUAGCGAGGCGAAGACGUGGGCACCGUCGUCGGUACCAUCGGCGCCGCAGUCGGCACCGCCGGAGCUCGCGGCACAGCACAAAUCGCAGCACUCCCAGCACUCCGGUUACAAGUCGCCCGAGAGCGAGAGCGUUUCGCUCGGUAGUUUUAGCGGCAUCAACGGACAUAAGGAUCUGGACUCGGAAAGGGACAGCCCAUUACCCACGACCGCUCCGGACACACUCACGAAGAGAGAAAAGGAGGUCGCCGACACCGCCGAAGAGACCAAGGAACGGCAAAGCCCAGAGCCGUCGAUAAAACCGGUGGCGGGCACGUACCUGAGAUGUCUGGAGGAUCCGAUGUUCGAGCUCGAGAGAAAGAAACAGGAAAGCGGCCGCCUGCCGACUACCACGACUGCGCCGAUGACGACGUCGAUGACUACGACGACGACGACGACGACGACGACAACGGCGCCGUCACCCGCGCCGCAACAGAGUUAUCGUGUUCUCGAGGCCGAGUCGCCCCAGACUGGUGGUGGUGGUGGUACCGCGGGCGCCGGAGACACCCCGGUUACCACCGGCAGCACCGCGGGCGGUUAUCACGUGUUAGAAGCGUCUCCGGUAGUGCCAGGCUCGGCGCAGCGUUCGGCAGCGAGCGACGUUCUAGAGAAAGCGCGAAAUCGCUUCGACAAGUUUUGGGGAAAGGGCAACAACGACACGGAGAAUUAGAGACAUCGCGUCCUUGAAACUGCGGGAAAUGGCAAGUGGUAAAAGAAGAGGAGGAGAAGAAGGAGGAAGAGGAAGAGAGGAAGGAGAAGUAGGAAGACGCUCCGACGGAUUCCACAUUCCCGUUGAAGGAUCCCUCGUCCCGGCAAGACGGAGUGACUCUUUUCGGGAGAGAGAAAGAGAGA